AUGCCCGACCUCAAAUCCUACUACAACGACUAUCACCAACGCCGCUCAACACCCCAAUCCCCCCUCCCCAAACCCCUCACUACACCCAACAAAAAGAAGACCCAACCAUCAUCCCGCUCACAAUCGCCCGCCGUCCCCGCCUCCUCCAACCGAUGCUGGGACUGGAUCAUCGUCGGCGGCAACUGCCACUACGCCAAGAACCGCGCCUCGUUCCGCAGCUACCGCCGCGCUCCGGGCAAGAUCGGAGGCAACAAGGUGCUGGGCGUUGGGACUGUCGAGCUGCAGGUCCGGCGGCGGGAGCCAGCGGGGGAUGAGCGCAUCAAUACUCUCAUCUUGCAGGACGUGUUGCAUUUGCCGAAUGCGCGCUGUAAUGGGUUGAGUUUGGAGAAGUAUCGUCGGGCGAAUCCCCUGUCUGUGGUGGUCGAGACGGAGAAGGAGCAUUUCCAGGCGACGAGCGAUGUGGAUGGUGAGGCGUUGUGGUGCGCGGAUGAGUACUGUGGGUUGUCGAGGGUCGUGUUGGCGGGGAGGCCGAAGGGGCAGUCGUAUCUGAGGGCUGGCCAGGUGUAUACGUUGAGUGUGAUUGCGUCGGAGGGGGAGUUGGAGAGGUUGAAGAGAAAGGUGAUAGAGAAGGACUGGACGGUUCAUGCUUGA